ACGUUCCACGUACCGUGGGACUGCAUGGAAUCGUAUGGCGGGUCCAUGAGCACCAGCUGCCGCCCGCUGGGCCACGGCGAGGCCCCGAGAGUAAGCCGCAGAUCCGAGUCGUCGUGCAGCAGCGCGAGGCGGCGGCCUGCCCCACGGCCCAGCAGGGCAAAGCUCCGCUGGAGGGCACCGUACGGCUCGGCGGCCACCUCGAAGAGCACGGCGGUGUCUUCUGGCCGCAGCCACUGCCACGCCAGAGCGGGCGACCCAGGGUAGAGGCUCAGGGCGCCUGGAGAUGCGCCCAAGGCUCGGUUGCAACGCCGCACCGCGCCCAGGUAGUCUGCGAUCAGACCCCCGCUGCAGCGGUCGGCUGCGCGGGAGAGCCGGAGCACGCCCUCCUCGAACAUGCGGCAUCGGAGCGACUCCUCGGAGUUGAGGUCGUAGACUCCGGCGCCCGCGUGCAUGUCAACGAAGGUGAAGGGAUCUGCUGCCGCUGCCAUCUGCUGCACCAGCGCCACGAGAACGAUGUGCUUCAGGACGUCCUUGGGGCCGCCCGCCUGGAAGCCGUGAACGUACAGACCAUCGUCUGGGCUAUCGGCAGCAGCGGGGUCCACGCGGGCUCCCAGCAUCGACUCGAGCAGGUCCAGUGCCUUGGCCCACUGCCCGCCAGCCUCGCACGCUCGGAUACUGGCGCUGUAGCUGAUAACGUCGGGCUCGAGCCUCGCCUGCCACAUCUCGCUGAACAGCGACAGCGCCCGCUGCCACUGCUCGCCUUUCUCACAAACGCUGAUCCGAGCAUUGUAGCAGAUGACGUCAGGCUUCAGCUUUGCCGCCCGCAUCUUGCUGAGCAGCACCAAAGCCUGGUGCCACCGCUUGCCCUUCUCGCACGCGCUGAUGCCAGCGCUGUAGCUGACGGCGUCUGGCUCAAGCUUCGUCUCCCGUAUCUCUCUAAGCAGCGACAGAGCCAGCUGCCACUGCUUGCCUUUCCCGCACGCGCUGAUCCCUGCAUUGUAGCUCGGAUGACGUCGGGCUCAACCUUCGCCCCCCACAUCUGGUCGAGAAGCGCCAAAGCCUGGUGCCACUGCUCGCCCUUCUCGCACGCGCUGAUCCCAGCAUUUGCCGUAGCUGAUGGCGUUGGGCUCCAGCUUCGUCUCCCGCAUCUCGCUGAGCAACGCCAGAGCACGCUGCCACUGCUUGCAGUUCCCGCACGCGCUGAUCCCGGCGUUGUAACUGGAUUACAUUAUGCUCCAGUUUCGCCAGCCGCAUGUUGCUCAGCAGCUCCAGGGCCUGCUGCCACUGCUCGCCCUUGUCGCACGCGCUGAUGCCAGCGCUGCAGCUGAUGACGUCCAGCUCAAGUUCCGCCGCCCGCAUGUCGCAGAGCAACACCAAAGCCUGCUGCCACUGCUCGCACUUCUCGCACGCGCUGAUCAGAGCGUUGUAGCUGUGACGUUGGGCUCCAGCUUCGCCUCCCGCAUCUCGCUAAACAGUGCCAGCGCCCGCUGCCACUGCUCGCCUUUCUCGCACGCGCUGAUGCCAGCAUUGUAGCUAUGACAUCAGGCUUCAGCUUUGCCGCCCGCAUCUUGCUGAGCAGCACCAAAGCCUGGUGCCACCGCUUGCCCUUCUCGCACGCGCUGAUGCCAGCGCUGUAGCUGACGGCGUCUGGCUCAAGCUUCGUCUCCCGUAUCUCUCUAAGCAGCGACAGAGCCAGCUGCCACUGCUUGCCCUUCCCGCACGCGCUGAUCCCUGCAUUGUAGCUCGGAUGACGUCGGGCUCAACCUUCGCCCCCCACAUCUGGCCGAGUAGCGCCAAAGCCUGGUGCCACUGCUCGCCCUUCUCGCACGCGCUGAUCCCAGCAUUGAAGCAGCUGAUGUCGGGCUCAAGUCUUGCCGCACACAUCUCGCCGAGCAACGCCAGAGCAUGCUGCCACUGCUCCCCCUUCUCGCACGC